GGAGCAAACUGCAUCUUCUAAUCUCCACUUCCAGUUUCGAUUCGUCUCUCGCAUUCUGCGGCUCUGCCCACUGAUUUUCUCCAUCUUCAUAUGCCAUUUCCAAUCUCCGCUACUUCCAGCUCCUUCUCCCAUGGCCAUGGCUGCCCCUGCAUCCUUUUCUUUCUCCACUCCCCAACCUCUCCCCAACCGCAUUUCCCCUCAUUCACUUCGUCUCUUCUCACCCCCUUCCAAUUUCCGUCUCCAUCGCGCCCUUAGGGCUCGAAAUGCUUCUCUCCCACUCAACAUCCAGUGCGUCAGUCAACCCAAAGCUGAGGUGGUUACUAAAGAUUCAUGGAACAAAAUGAUUCUAGAGAGUGGAACCCCUGUUCUGGUUGAAUUUUAYGCCAGUUGGUGCGGACCGUGUAGAAUGGUGCAUCGAGUCAUCGAUGAGAUAGCUGCUGACUAUGAGGGGAAGCUCAAAUGCUUUGUACUCAACACAGAUAACGAUCUAAAAAUCGCAGAAGAGUACGAAAUUAAGGCUGUUCCUGUGGUUAUGCUGUUCGAGAAUGGGGAGAAAUGCGAUAGCGUCAUCGGUACCAUGCCGAAAGAUUUCUACAUCGCUGCCAUUGAAAGGGUCCUCAAGCAGUAGGAUACAUUGACCAGCUCAAUUGUGCUAGUUGGUCACCAAUACCAUUUUUUUGUUGCAGAAGCUUUCCACUGGGUUAGUAGUUCUUGAGCUGUAUAUAAUAAAUAGCUUUAAUCCCAAGAUUUCUUACCGUAGUCGAUGGUGUCAGGAGUGUAUAGCCUUCAUUGUUGUGCUAUUGCAGUCCUUUUGUUGUGAAAUUGUGACAAAAACUUUGCUGCACUGCAAUCCACACUCCAUGGUUAUGGCUUUUAGGUGAAACCACUUAUGAGUUAUGAGCUGUUUUCUUACCAAAAACAUUUGCUUUUUUGUUAGUUUUGUUGCCUGAAUUUGUUUUGGUUUCCAUUUCA